CGCGCAGGGGGACACCGGAAGUCCCUCGCAGGGUUUCCGGGUUUCCGGGGCAACUACGAUGGCGAUGAGUUUCGAGUGGCCGUGGCAGUACCGCUUCCCGCCCUUCUUUACGUUACAGCCCAACGUGGACACGCGGCAGAAGCAGCUGGCCGCCUGGUGCUCGCUGGUCCUGUCCUUCUGCCGCCUGCACAAACAGUCGAGCAUGACGGUGAUGGAGGCGCAGGAGAGCCCGCUCUUCAACAACGUCAAGCUGCAGCGGAAGCUCCCUGUGGAAUCAAUCCAGAUUGUAUUAGAGGAACUAAGGAAGAAAGGGAACCUCGAGUGGUUGGAUAAGAACAAGUCUAGUUUCCUGAUCAUGUGGCGGAGGCCAGAAGAAUGGGGGAAACUCAUUUAUCAGUGGGUUUCCCGAAGCGGCCAGAACAACUCCGUGUUCACCCUGUAUGAGCUGACCAGCGGGGAGGACACAGAGGGUGAAGAGUUCCACGGGCUCGAUGAGGCGACCCUGCUGCGGGCUCUGCAGGCCCUGCAGCAGGAGCACAAGGCGGAGAUCAUCACCCUGAGCGACGGCCGAGGCGUGAAGUUCUUCUAGCAGAGCCAGGCUCCCUGCUGUCUCACUUACCACUGCCAGGGCUCCAGUGUCCCCACAGAAUGGAUCUCUGACCCCACUGGACCUCGCAGGGCUCCAUGCCCAAAACUGGGACACAGGCACAGGUGUCCUCUGGCCCACUUGUCUGUCCUGGGACAGGGGAGCCCAAGGUGCAGGGACAAGAAACAUGCCACUUGCCCUACCUGAUGUUGCCCACCCCACAGCGAGGUGUCCCGCACCCGGGCACCUGUGCAGCCUCAUUUCCUCUGUUGCCCUGGGGCUGGGGACGGGCUGGGGCUGGGGCUUCUCAGGGCAGGGGAAGCCCUGGCUCCUGGCAACUUCCAGGCAACAUGAAGACCUCGGGCUGGAGGGCGGGCGGUGAGUGGCACACCACUGUUGUACGCUACUAAAAUCUCAACUCCCGCUGCCUGCCUGAGUGUU